AUUCCACUGACGUGCAGUUCGAGCCUUCCUCGGGGUUGAGAGCAAGGGUUCUCAGGAUGAACUUCUGCUGUCCGGCCCAAGUCGCUAGUGCUGGGGAUCCGAGUUCAGCAGUUUUCUGUUAACGUUUGAGAAGCUCGACACGCGACCAUCUGGAAAGUAGACCUACGAAUGCAUGAACCGGAGGCAAUCAGAGCCAUGCCCUCCAGAUGCGGACAUAAACUAACAGCCGCUUGGCAAGUUACCGUCUCACCUUGAGCCUCCUUUGGCCGGAAACGCCUCCUGGGAGAGUGCAGAGGAAUCCGGGCCGAUGUACCUUCUCCUCACCCUGCAGCGUGUGUUCCUGUCAGCCCGGACCCACGACGAGGAGGAUCUAUGGGGUGCUGCUGUUUCCGUGGCAACAGGUCUGCCGUGGAGAGGAAUAUUCUGGGCUACGCCACGUUCUCCGUGGGGGACUUGUUGAAGUCGAAGGAACAGCAAUUAACCAUUAGCCUGAGGACCUCCGAUGGUACCAGCGCAGUCGGGGCAGUCGUGGUCAGCCGUCUGAAGAUGGGGGAGAUUGAGGACGGAGAGGUGGACCACAUCGCGGCAGAUGUGCCAGGACAGAAGUGCACGAUGGUGUGCGAGUCACCGCACGGGAGCUUGAAUGACCGCGAUAACAACCCCCUGAUGAACGCCGUGUUCAAGAACCCUUUGAGCAAGUUAUACCGCUUCCAGACAGCGGACAGCCAUUGGAUGCAGGUCCGGGAGCAGAUGGCGGAAUGCACGGUGUCGUUCGGCGUUCCCAAGCAGCUCCUGGCUCUCUACAUCCAGGAGGAUGCGGCAAGGAUAGAGGAGCUGAAGAACCUGGGCGAGCUGUCGCCACACUGGGACAACCUGCGGAAGGAGGUGAUCGCCCACUAUGGACAAGUCAUCAACAGCUAUCAGGAGACGCUUGGAGAGCUUAGCAAGCUAACAGGUCCGUCUUUCAAGCCCAGCUGCCAUAAGGGGCAGAAGUAUCUGGAGUUUGUGCCUAUCAAUCUGCACACCCAGAGGAUGCGCGUCACAUGUCCGCGGGGAGCAGACGCCAUGUAUGACAUCAUCACGGUGGGGGCCCCGGCCGCCCACUCCCAGGGCUUCAAAAACGGCGGCCUGCAGAAGCUGCUCAGUCGAUACGAGGCAGAGAAGAGGAACUUCAGCACGGCAUACCAGUGCAUCUACUACUCCCCCGAGGACACAGGCAAAGCCCGCCAGGUUCUCACCAGCAUUGGCCAGCUGUACCCCCUCAUCUCCAGCCUGGCUGACCGCCUUCUAGAAUCUGCCCAGCAGCAAUCUCGCGACCGCCUGAAGGAGGCGCUGCAGACACUGUCCGACAAGACGGAGCAGUUCGUGCACGCCCUGAAGGACGAGCUGGUGAAGACAGCCCUCCUGGCACUGCACGCCGCACGCCCCAGCUACGUCACCAAGCUGGGCCCCCCAGUCUGUAACAAUGUGGGCGGGCCUGGAAGUGAGACCCCACCCACAGCAGACAGCCCCGCCUCUCAGAAAGCCCAGGACUCCAUACCCCACCACUCUGAGUACGACGAGGAGGAAUGGGACAGGGUGUGGGCUAACGUCGCCAAGGCCCUGAACUGCAUCAUCGCCAUGGUGGACCGGAUACGGGAGAGCCAUGGCAACGACACAGAGGAGGUGCCAUCGGAGGCGGAACCAUUGGAGGCGGUGCCAUCGGAGGCGGGCCCGACUGAGGCCACGCCCCCUCUGUGCCCUGGGGACUGGCACGAGCAGCUGCGCCCCCUGGUGGACGUGCUGAAGAGCUGCGUGACAGAAGUGGCGGACCGUGCUAGGAAGUCCAUGACAUUUGUGCUGCUGCAGGAGGCAGUGUGCAGCAUCCCGCAAGGCCUACUGCUGAAACAGAGGCGGGACGUGGUCUUCAGUCAGGCGCUCGCCGCCCUGACCUGCGGCUUCCUCAUGAGGCUCUACGCCGGCGUGGAGGACAAAGGUUUCCUGCAGCAGCUACACGUCGUGGGCCUGGUGGCUCAGUUCGAGAGUCUCCUCAGCACCUACAGUGAGGAGAUCGGCAUGCUGGAAGACAUGGAGGUGGGCAUUUCGGACCUGCGAGGAGUCGCGUUCAGGAUCACGGAGGCCGUGUCGGACAACCCCGCUUACUUGCAGCCUCUUAUCCUCGGCAGGCGGGACCACUACACUGUGGAAGUGCCAUUACCGCCCAACAUGUUCCAGGCGUUACCCAAUGAGAUUAAAGAUGGAAAGCCCUUACAAGUGUUUCCUGUGCUCUUUAACGUCGGUAUAAAUGAACAACAGACAAUUGCAGAAAGGUUUGGCGACAUUUCUUUACAGGAACGCAUAAACGUGAAAAACUUUGAGAUUUUAGAUGGCUACUACAAGUCCCUAAGCGACAAGGUGCCAUUGGAAUGUUUACCUUGUUUCCAAACGCAGACCGACUUGAAAGAUUUACUGGAGACUCUGGGACAGAACGUGGGGACAAAGAAACGAAAGAAUGUGGAGAUCUUAUGGCUGGCAGGAGCGAUCUGCCGGCGAAUGAACGGCAUCCGCUUCACCAGCUGCAAGAGCGCCAAAGACAGGACGUCCAUGUCGGUCACGCUGGAGCAGUGCGCUCUGCUGCGGGAUGAGCACCAUCUCAGUAAGGAGCACUUCCUUCGGGCCCUGGACUGUAUGCGCAGCAGUCGCCUCGCCCAGGGAGGGGCGGGUCAUUGGGAGGACCCAGAGGCGCCCUCUGUAGGUGAUAGCAAGCCGGUGUCCCGCCACUUCUACCCUAUCGCCCUGCUCCUCGUCAGCUCUCACUUGCUGGUUGUGUGGCUCAUCCUAAGUCUUGUUUUCCUGCUUGCGAAAUAUCAAUAAACUGUCUGAUGUCAUACUUCUGGCUUGGCUGUCUACUUUCAUUCGGAUUUGACUUGUCUUGGGGCUUUUGUGGUAGCACUUAACUCGCAUAUCAUGGUUUUAUUUCGAAAAGGUCUGCUUGAAAUUUAAUUUUACGGAUGGUAAAUAAACACAAUAGAUGAGUGUUUCCCAACCCGGACCUCAGUGAACCAUAGACAUUUCUGCUCCCUCCCAGCUCCCUGCUAGACAGUCCACAUUUUUGCUCCCUACAGAGAGCUGGGAGGUAGCGAAAACAUCUGUUUGCAGUUCCCCAAGGAAGGGAAUGUAAAACAGCAGAAUAGAGAUAUAUUUCAUUCAGUCGAUUAUGAUUAAAAACAAAACAAGCUUGAUCUGAUUUUCUACAUGUCAAAAGAAUUCAUGUUUAUCGAAAAUUUUAUCAAGAUUUUAUAUACAUGAUGAUAUAGAGCUUUUUAUAUAGGGUUUUACUACAAUGUACUUUUUGUCACUGGCAUUAAAACGUCAAAUUAUGCUCGAUGCCGUUUCGUUUAAGUGAGGCUGUGCUUGGCGAUUUCUCUACAGCUUCUUGUGUCACAAUAUAAAACGUAUUGUUUUUUACUUUGUUGCAGUGGGGUCUUCUGUUGGCUGGAAAUGUUAGCUAACACUGUGUUUCCUGAAGUCCCAAGAUUCAGUGGUGUCCAGGCCAAUCCAGGACAGGCACUUUAGGUUUCGUCAGAUUAAAACACAAUCCUUGGGGAAAGGUCUCCCAUGAACUAACGUUUUGGGUUCCAUGUGUUUAAGUAUCUGAGCGAAACUCCAGAAAAUGUCGUAUUUCCAUGCAAUAUGUGUCUACAAAUCAGGAAUAAUGUUACCCUGGAGACCGGAUAGUCUGUCUACAAAGCUGAACAUAGUUAAACCUCUACAUAGCUACAAAGUUAAAUUGCCUUUUUAUUUCAGUCAGUCAGUUUCAGGUUGACAGACAUCAAUGAUGUCCCCCAGUCAGUGAUUAUGUGGGUCACCGACCUGCCCCACAUACCACAGAUUGUCUCUCUAUCAAUGCUGUCUAUCAAGUUUGUUUUUGAACACCCCUCACCCAUUUAAACCAUCAUUUCACAAUCCCAUCUUGUCUUGUCUCU